AUGCAAAACGAAUCUUUAUUACAGCAGGCAGCACAAUCUGCCAUAAAUGACGAUAUGUAUGUGUUCUACUGUAAUUACGUUACAAAAUUGCAUGAUAGAGGCGGUAAAGAUACGAGAAUUUUAGUGAUAACUAAUAUCAGUAUUGCUUUUUGCAAAAUCAAGAAGAAUCCUCAAAUGGACAGGGUAAUGUAUUGGCCCUCAAUUACUAAUUUUAGUUGUCAAGACACUACGAUCAUCUUAGAGUUCGGACAAGAUGCUUUUCGGUUUGAAUCAAACGAAAUCGAUCGUAUUUGUGAUACAAUCACCUUCAUUCUUAAAAAUAUCCUGACUAAAUCCGAGUUUGCAAAGCUGAAUAUGCCGAGAUUAUACAAUAGCACCUAUUACAACAAUACUUUAGGACUUGUUUCUCGUUUCAAGUCAUGCAUAAAUAGAUCUGACCUCCAUUAUCCGCAAUCGUUAUUUGAUACAGUAUAUCAUUGCGCCAAAUUUAAAUUACAAACACUAGAAUUACCUUAUGAUUGCCAAAAAAUACCUUCACUCGAGCCAGUAUUAACUGCAUUAGCCCUAGCACCAUUUGUUGAAUCGUUAGUUCUUCCACCUUUGCAUAAAUUCGACACAUAUAAAGCAACAUUAGACUUCAUCCAGCGAUCAUCAUAUAUCGAGCAUAUACUUUACUCACAGGCUAGCCCUAGAUCAUUCUCCGAAUUUUGCCAAGUUCUAAUUAACGCUGCUCCUUUCAAUUUAAACUGUAUCAGCUUUAUCAAUGCCGAAUUCCGUAAAGACCAUCUUCAAAAAUUAAGAGAUUUACUCAUAGCCAAAGAUUUUAAGGGCGUUUCCCUACAAAAUGCCGUUCAUCCUUCUGGAAUUGAUUAUUUUGACAAAGAAUUCUUCAAAGACCUACCUAUUAAACUCGCGAACUUCGACAGAUCCAAUUCCAUCCACUACAAAUCAAUAAUUCCCUUCUUAAAUAAAAUAAAAAUUUUGUCAUUCGGCGGUUGCAAAAUAGAUAUAUCCGAUGUCCUUACAGAAAUAUCGAAGAACAACUUUACGAACCUCAAGAUGCUUAACUUGAGCGUUAAUGUUUGUAAUAAUGAAAUCGACCAAAAUAUCAAACUUCCUGCUUCUCUUGUUCGUCUCGAUCUCAACAGCAUCAGGUGGAAAACAGGCACAAUCACUUCAUUCUUCCGAAUUAUUACUAGCUACAAUUGGGAGAAAGGAAUCUUCCUCGGAUUCGCCCAGCAGACAGCUGACUCCAAUGAUUGGGAGAAAUUGUUCAAAGAGUUCAUGAAACUACCUAAAAAUUCAAUUACAGACUUAGAAUGGAGUUUCAAUCCCGUCGAUCCAAGAUUCUCGGCCUUCCUUAAGAACUGUUGCACGAACCUUCAAUCGUUAGUUAUCACCGACUCAUUUACUAACGAAAAGCCACGAGAAAUCAUCGCAUUUGCCGAUGCCCUCAAAACUAUGCCAGUUCUGACCAAAUUGGUCAUUACGGGUAACGAUAAGAUGUUCCUCGGACCAGAGUACACCCACAUUUUCUCAGCUCUCCAGGACAGAAAUAACAUUCGCUACUUGGAAGUAUCAGGAAACAGGAUCGGAAACACGGGAGUCAGUCAGUUGGCCGACCUACUCAAGGAAUGUCCAUCAAUUUCGAGUAUUGGAUUUGAUAAUUCCAGAAUUACUUGUCAAGAUCCGAUAAUUCGAUGCCUUGAUGCGGUAGAAAACAGGAGUUCCCCUGUAUACAUCAGCUGGUCAGAGGAAGAUCUCCAUAACCUUGUCCAAACCAAUGAAUUGACAAUGGAUGAUGUUUUGAAAAUCUCAUUACGCAUUUUGAAUGCAGGAAAAGAGGAUCAAACCAACAUAGAUCGCAAGGACUACUUCAACCAGCCAUUCCAAUCCUAUUAUCUCCCAAUUCACUCCAAAUUCCCUUUAUAUUAUUCCCAAGAUACGAUAGAUCAGUUCCAAUCCUCCAUUCCUCAGUAUGACUCCAACCAAAGCGAUGUCUGGAUAUCAUCUGGAUUCACUAACCAGCAGAACAACGCUCCGGAAUCCUCCACAAACACUCCUGUCACCAAUAAAGAGCCUGAAAACAAAGCAUCUGAUGACGAAUCAUCGACAUUUGACUUGUGGGCUGAUUCCGACAGCGCAGGAAUCUCUCCACAGAGAUUGACAAUCGCGUCAAACAAGAGACAAGUUGAUCCAAACUCAUUAGAUCAUAUAUUUGAUGAUAGCGAAGAUGACAAACCAACAAAGUCUCCUCUUGUCGAUGCAAACACACACGUUGAAUUCAAAGUACAAGGUAAAGUAGUAAAAGGACAGGGAAGAAGUAGAUCUCUCUCAACUCCAAAACUUGAUUUUUACAAGGAAAGUGACAGUGACAGAAAUCCAGAAAAAAGUGACAACAAAAAAGGACUUGCAGCAUUUGCAGAGAGUUCAUCAGAUGAGAAUGAUGAUCAGAACAUCAAACUGAAGCAAAUGCAGAAGAGUCCAUUGAGGAAAUCAUUGAUAACACUUGAUAAAUGGAAGGAAAGUGAUGAUUCAAAUCAAUUGUCAUCACCUGAAGAACUGAAAGCACCAAAAUCAUGUGGAUACAACACAAACAAUCCUCCUCCAUUGUCUCUUCAAAUUGUUCCUCCAAAGAAAUUCACUGAUGAUGACUCAGACAUCGAAAUAAAACAACCGAAAUCCCUCCAAGUCCAGAAAUCAAAACUUCAACCUGUAACUGAACAAAAACUUUCUGAUUUGGAUUCAGAAGAUUCCGAUCUCCCUAAAAUGAAACCAGUCAAUUUGCCAUUGAAUAACAAAUUGUCUGAUUCUGAUUCCGACUUGCCAAAGAUGAAACCAGUGAAUUUACCUUUGAAUCAACCAAAAAUUGAUUCUGAUGACGAUCUGCCAAAAAUGAAACCAGUCAGUUUGCAGUUAAAUGACUUUUCUACUCCCAAACAAACAGAGAAACAAGAUUUGUCUGAUUCCAAUGAUGAUUUACCUAAAAUGAAACCAGUCAAUUUAUCAUUAAACAAUGACCAACAGAAAGUCCUUAAACUAGAUACAGACACAGAUUCACUGAAAACUAAACCAGAUACAGAUUCUUUCGAUGAUUUACCGAAGAUGAAACCACAAACUGUUGUUCUUCAAAACGAAAAACCAACAAGUUCUACUCCACCAAUAAAAGAAAACCAGUUUGACUCUUUGUUCGUUGACAGUAAGAACAAAUCCAAUCCACCGCAAUCACUGAAACCAUUAGAGUUCACUGCUCCUAUCUCUAUUCCGAAAUACCAAGUAACAUUAGUUGAUGAAAACGAUCUGCAAAUCAAUGAAAAUGCAGUUGAUGAUUUUCCAAAACCUGACAUUUUAACAUCACCAAUUGAUUUAGAACUGAAACACGAGUCAUCAUCUAGUUCAUCACGAAUGAGACAGACAACGAUACAGAACAUUGAUGACAGUUCUUCAUCGAACUUCGCAAGAAGACCUCCUCCAUUUUGUUACCCGAGAUUGACGCGAUCAUCAGAGUUUUUCACUGUUCCUUUGAAGAAGAAGAUGCAGAGUAAGAAAGAGAGCAGUGAUAACCAUUCCCUUGAGAACUACAUGGAACAGAAACUUCCUCAGAAGAAGAACAACUUCAUUUCGCUCGAUGUUUUCUCUGAAUCCCACAAUUCCGACCAAUUUUCAAUCAGAUCCGAUCCAUCGUCAAGACUCUUCAAGACAGAAGAACAGAGAAGAACUCCUCCAUCCAGAUUGUUGUCAAGACACAGAUUGAACAUCCCUCUUCCUCCAAACCAAAGAAGAGGACAACUAAGUGAAGCAUCAGGUAGAUUCAACGCUCACAGAUCGUACAACAACCAGAAAUACUCUUCUGAGCAAAUAAAACCCGCUUUACAAGGUUUGUAUAAUACACAGCAAACAGUGUCAAAUAUUCGUCAAACUGCUUUGACAUCAUCAUCAACACCGAUGUUGACAGAGUCCAGUCACUUGGCAUCAUCAUGCGAGGAAGAAGACAAAUUAAUAAAUGAAGAAGAAGAGGAAGAACAACAGGAAUCAGAGUCAGAAGAUGGAAGAAACGUGACAAUACAACUUGACACGAACAAGAAGACAUUUUCAGGUCAUAAGAUAGAUAGCGAGGAGAGUUCGAACAUCUUCGAAUCAAUGUCAUCUUCUUUGUUCUUCCCUGAGUUCAGGACAGCGAGAAAAGGAAAAUCGAAUUUCAGGGAUGAAAUGUGGGUUUCAGCGGCUAUUGCGCAGACAUCGAAUGCAGAACAAGAAAAUGAUGACGACAACAAGUCACCGAAGAAGAAGUUCAACCACGCGGCGUCUGCAGGCGGAAAGGCACAAGGUCUGGAAAUGAUUGAUGAAAAUGUCGAAAAUGAAAAUAAAAGUGACAAAUCUUCAACAGUUGAAUUCGUUGAAGAGGAAGACGACAAGAACUCGGAAAUGGAAGAGUCUGAGUUUGAGGAAGAAGAUGUUUUCGAAUACGAAAACUCUGGAGAUGAAAAAGAAAACUUUGUCUUGAGAGAAAACGAAAAAACUGUUGCUGUUCCUGUAAUAAAUGAAGGGAAAAAGCACAAAUCUUCUGCAGAAUACUCUGGAUCAUACUACACUGAUUCUGGUUCUUACUACACUGACUCUGACUACGCUUCAUACAGCGAUUACUCCUCUUCUGAAGAGAAAACAAAGAAAUCUCCUGAAAACCACAAACAACAAAAAGAAAAAGAAGAAAUCCAAAAACAAAAAGAACUAGAAAAACAAAAAGAAAUCGAGAAACAGAAGGAGAUAAAAAAACAAAAAGAAUUAGAAAGACAAAAGGAAAUCGAGAAACAGAAGGAGAUAAAAAAACAAAAAGAAUUAGAAAGACAAAAGGAAAUCGAGAAACAGAAGGAGAUAAAAAAACAAAAAGAAUUAGAAAGACAAAAGGAAAUCGAGAAACAGAAGGAGAUAAAAAAACAAAAAGAAUUAGAAAGACAAAAGGAAAUCGAGAAACAGAAGGAGAUAAAAAAACAAAAAGAAUUAGAAAGACAAAAGGAAAUCGAGAAACAGAAGGAGAUAAAAAAGCAGAAAGAACUAGAGAAACAAAGAGAAAUUGAGAAACAGAAAGAGUUAGAAAGACAAAGGGAAAUAGAAAAACAAAAGGAGAUUGAGAGACAGAAAGAAAUAGAAAGACAAAAAGAAAUAGAAAAACAGAAAGAGUUAGAAAGGCAAAGAGAAGAAGAGAAGCAAAAGGAAUUGGAGAAACAGAAAGAAAUAGAAAAACAAAAAGAGUUAGAGAAGCAGAAAGAGAUAGAAAGGCAGAAAGAAGAAGAGAAAAUGAAAGAGAAACACGAGAAGGAAGAAAACGAGAAAAGAAGUAAAAUUGCAUCAUCAGAAAGUGAACACACAAUAACAUUCAACUCAAACUCCUCAAACAUUCCAACUCCUUCAGCUUCUUUGCACACGUCGAGGUACGAUUUCGUUGAAGACAGUCUUUCUUCAGACAUGUUGACACAGCCUCCAAUAAACUUCGAUCCAUCCCUCAUCGAAUCUGUUUCCACAAAUGAGAUGGAAACAAGCGAAAUCACUGCAUCAGGAGUUAGAAGAUUCGCCAACGAAGAUGACAUUGAUUCCACUGAAGACUCUCCUAAAUCUCUUCGAAAGGAACAUCGACGCAAAUCGAUUCCUAUCAAUCCGAAGAUGUACGCGAGCCUCCACAACUCUGAGUCAGAACUUGUCAAAUCUUCUCAGUUCACGAAAUCUCUUCCAACAGCUUACAGUCCGAAGAGAGAGUACCCACCAAUGUCUCUUCAAUCCGCCAAGCACGACUCGAUGGAUUUGCUUAUUCCAGGAGCAAACGGACAGAAGAGAAGACACAGGAGAGAUAACUCUGAAGGAGGAAGAAGCUGCAAGACAGAUGACUUUGAUUCGAUCGCUGAAAGGGAGAUUCCAUAUUCUCCACCUGAUUGGUCAUUCCCAUUGCAACAAUUGUCGAAACCACACACUAAAAAACUUAUUGUUGGUUUCCAGAAUAAGUUUACAUUCGACUUCUUAAUAGAGAAUUUAAGAAAAUAA